AUGCCACUUGUGUCUGAGCCGCUUGAGGCUCGAAGGCUCAACGCAAGCCAACGAGUUGCGGCCCGUGCCCGUGCCCUUUCCAGCGAGAGCCAUGAGCCGAGGAAGCCGAGACGUGAGCCGGACGUUGAGCCGAGCCAGGGACGACCACCGCUUUGCUUUGCUGCCGCCGAGCGAAGCCAGGCCGUGAUAAAGGGGCGCAUCGUCGCAACGCUCGUCUGCCCAGCGGAGCUUCAUGUGUCGGGUGGCCAAAUCCAGCUGGGCGACGACGUGCGCCCCCGCUUCAUGCACCUGACGCACCUGGAGCUGAAGCUCGGCCAGGCGUCGCAGUCCCUGCGGCUGGUCCCGGACCCGGAGAAGCACGGAGCGGAGGAAGACAGAGAGCUUCAGACGGUGCAGACCACAAUCACACUCCCAGAAAGCAUCACCCUUCCGGACGGAGCCACGGAGCGAACAAGAGUGCUGGGCUUCAAAUUCUGGGAGGCUGUGGAGCCCGAGACCGGCAUCUCGAGGUUCUUUGACCCGCAUGUGCUCCUGGACACCGGCGGCGUGCUGCACCUAGAGCCUUUGUCACGACGCGUCCUGAGAUCAACCUCCGUAGAAUUUGCUGGCAGACAGCGGUGGCUUCCGCCUUCUUUGGCUUCGCUCGAAAAAGAAGGUGGAGGUGAGCUGGACGUCGCCAGCCUCGCCGAGGUGGUGGGCCUGAGGUGCCUGCGGGGAAGCGUCGAGCACGUCGUGGGCUGCAUAUAUGGCACCUACAAUGCAUCCGCUUCCGCAUGCAGCGCAUGCAGCGUGACGACGGUCACAGGCGGCUCCUUCAUGUUCUGGGUGGACCUCCUGGUCUUAACUUGCGCUCUGUUCUACAUCGACGUGAUCCUCGACGUCAAGCAGCUCCUCCUGUUCGAGCAGAGUGGCCUGUAUGGCUACCUGUACCUUAACCUGUCGGGCAUGUCGCUGCCGCCCAUCUUCACCGCAAUUGAGGUGUGGCAUUUUCUAAGCCACCCAUCCAUGUACCGCGACCAUCUACAGUCGCGCCUGUCCCCCAAGCUCCUGCAUGCCCUGAUGCUGCUGGCGAUAUUGAGCCAGACGCUGCCCCUCUUCUUGGUCGGGAUCUCCGCCCACGCAAGGCAGAAACACCCACUGCUAGCUGGAGCCAAGGCUGCCGAGGUGGCCGAGUCCGCCAUCUCCGCCCUGGUGCAAGCCAACUUCUUGCUCUCGGCAGUGGGCGGCAUCGCCCAGAUCGAAGAGUUAGAGCUGUCAGAAAGCCAGGUCGUCAGCCUCGUGCUGUCCGUGGCGGUAUCCUGUCUGAGCCUUGGGCUCGGAUUUGGGACCCGGGACAAGAUCGACGCCGCAGUGCUGGGCCUGCCGGGCAAAGUGGACUGGGGAGUGACCCUGGCAGCGCUCGUCUCAGCAAGAUCCUUGGAAGUGUUAAGCCGCAUCCUGGCGCUCAACAUCUUCCAGAUCUCGGUGCGGGGCUUUCCCCUCCUUCGCUUCGGAAGCCUGGGGCUUGUGGGGCUACAUCUUCUGGCCUCCAAGCUGCUCUUUCCGGACGCCUCCGCUCCGGACGUGGCCGCCUCGGUGGUGGCGCACCCGGGGCAGGUCCUGGAGCCCAGCUCGCUCCUGCCCCUCAGGCGCUCCUUGGUGCUUCACUUUCUUCUGGUGGGCGCGGCUGCCGGGGCACAGCUGUUCUUGCGCAUCAGCUCAGCUCCAGAAGCUUGCAAGGUGCUGCCCGAUGCGUUGCUGCUCGCAUGGCUGGCCGUGAGCUUGGCCAGCUGGCUGCUGCUCGCCUUGCUGAGCCACUUGGGAGAAGAAGCAAAAGGCGGCCUGCACCGUUGGUGCGGCCAGGAUCGGGACCCUCGCUUCGUGGCCCUGGCAGCAGGUGGCCAGGCCAUCACCUACUCCACGCUGAAGGCCAGCUUCGGCGCGGAUGGCCAGGUGCCGAAGGCAGUCUUGACGGCCUUGCAGGGGAAGCAUCCGCUCGGCUUGGACACCGAAGCGGCCGUGCAAGGCCUGGAAGAGCACGGAGUGCAAUCGAUCCUGGACUCCGGCGUCAAUGUGAGACUUGGGAGAGGUGCUCAUGCGAAGCUGGGCCCGCAGCUCUUCGCGGACCUCCUGGUGCGCGCGAAGCUCGAGUCGUUGAGCCUCGACGAGCUUCAGCUCACGGCUGAAGAGUGGCAGGUGCUCGGCCCUGGCACCGAGUGGGAGAAGCUCACCAAGGCGAGCUUUGUGGAGUGUUUCGAUGAAAGCGGCGAGGGGGCCGCCGCGCUGCUCUCGGCGCUUGGCCGUUGCCGGCAACUUCAGGACCGGGCGGGAGAGAGGCGUUUCAAAAUGGGGAACUGGUGCCCUGUCGUGCUUUUCCCCCGCAGCUGCCAGGAUGUCGAUUUUUCUUUCUGCGGUCAAAUUGCUGCCGCAGCUUGGGAGCGGCUGCCGGAAGGUGCCUGGCCGGCUCUUCGCUCCCAUGACGGCGUGCCAGAAGAGCACUUGAGCCGACUUCGACAAAUCUGCUCGUAG